UCAAUGCCUCACACGUACAUAAUGGUUAUAUACUCUUUGUGCCUCAUUCAUUCAGUUUUUCAAAUUCAGAGUGUCAGUGUGAACGUCAAUAGUGUUGUCAGUUUGAAUAGCAAUCUUAUGUGAAUAUAUUUCUUGUUUAUUAAAUUUUAAAUUGAAUACAAUCAAGACAGAUUUAUUUUUAAAAUUAUUCUUUACUAAAUAAUACCUGGAACAUGAGUGAUAAUAAGGAAGAUAAAAAGCAAAUACGCGUGUGGUGUGAUGGCUGUUACGAUAUGGUCCACUUUGGUCAUGCCAAUUCUCUUAGACAAGCCAAAGCCCUUGGUGAUGUCUUAAUAGUGGGUGUACAUACAGAUGAAGAAAUAUCAAAACACAAGGGCCCUCCAGUGUUUACGCAGGAGGAAAGAUACAAAAUGGUUCGUGCAAUAAAAUGGGUGGACCAGGUGGUGGAGGGAGCACCCUAUGUCACAACAUUAGAAACAUUAGACAAAUACCAGUGUGAUUUUUGUGUGCAUGGAGAUGAUAUCACAGUAACAGCAGAUGGAAUUGAUACAUAUCAUUUAGUCAAGGAGGCUGGAAGAUACAAAGAAGUAAUGCGGACAGCCGGGGUGUCAACAACGGAUCUGGUUGGACGGAUGCUGCUACUCACACGCGAGCAUUUCAAGGUGCCUCACGAACAUGAAAAAUGCGAGUCGAAAAAAAAACUAUUACGUAUCCUCUCAAGUCGGACACAGUUGACUAGGAGAGGUGACAAAGAAUACACAGUGGCUCUGGAACAUUCGUCAAACCUCGGAACAGAUUCGACUGCCCGAUCACCUUAUACUGGCUGUUCACAGUUCUUGCCUACGACGCAGAAGAUUAUACAAUUCAGUAGCGGUCUUUCACCUAAACCUACUGACAGAGUUGUAUACGUAGCGGGGGCUUUCGAUCUUUUCCACGUGGGGCAUUUGGAUUUCUUAGAAGCUGCGCACGCGCAAGGCGACUUCCUAAUCGUUGGUCUGCACACUGACCUUGAAGUGAACCGUUACAAAGGGUCCAAUUACCCUAUCAUGAACCUUCACGAACGGGUGCUCUCUGUACUUGCUUGCAAGUAUGUUCACGAGGUAGUAAUCGGGGCGCCCUACAGCGUGACAGCGGAUCUGAUGGAGCACUUCAAAGUCAAAGUUGUUUGCCACGGAGUCACUCAGAUCCCUCUUGACGCAGACGGCUCGGACCCCUACCAAGUGCCCAAACAACGAGGCUGUUUCAAGGCCUUAAAUUCUGGCAAUACAAUGACCACAGAGGAUAUAGUACAACGGAUAAUUCGCCACAGACUAGAAUUCGAAGAGCGAAAUUCACGCAAAGAGAAAAAGGAGCUUGUCGUUAUGAAAUCAAUACAGAAAGAGCAUAUCAAACAAAAUGGUAACUGUGAUGGUAUUAAGGGGUAUGCGGCUUAGUCAAAUUUAUUGUUUAAAUAAUAUAAAACCAUAGACUAUUGGAAAAUUAUAGAUGGACUUUAAAUCUUAAUCGUGAUGAAAAUCCAGUUGUAUGUAUGACUAACACGUAGGGCUAGCAUGCGUGCCACGUCAUAACUUACUCUACCCAUUACUCGAAUUUUUCUAUAGUGGUAGAUAGCAGACAUAAAUAUCUUGUGAUUCGCAUGCUAGCCCUAUUGGGCACAGGGAGAAGUCAUUACCUUUACAUCUUGCGUCAAUAAAGUGGCCCUAAUCGUAACAUAGAUAUUUUACUGUCUCGUUUAGUCGUUUCAAAUGACUUAAAAUAAUUACUCACUAACUCACUUGAAAAAUAAUAUCGUUGAUCAUUUAUAAUCAGAUUAAAUAUUCUUACGGGACAGUAGAGUUUCUAGAAUUCAUACUGCUCGGAUAUGUUAUUGCGUUAGCGUCCAUUAACUCAGGACCUUUUCAUUUACCGAGGGUCUGUUUACCUUCGUUUUCCUAUAAGGUGUAUACAGACAAACUGCAUUUGAACUGCAAGGAAGUUGCUAACCGGUGUUGACACCACUGCACCAACAGUCCUGUUCAGUAUGGUGUGCGCAGGCGUACACGCUUCUAGAAUUACACACAAUUAUCUAACGCAAUAUAACUAACUCGAUGAAGACUGCAAUUGCGCUGUUAACUUGCAAUUCAAAUUUAUUCCGUCUGUAUAGACACUUAGUCUGUGUAUACAUAAUAAUAUAUUGAAAUUCUUGUCUCAGUACAUAGUACAUGCUUGUCUUUUAAUGUUAUGAAUAUAAUUACUGUGAAUAAUAAUAUUAUGUAUUGUCAUGCGUCUUUUAGACUUCAAAUGUAAUGGUCUUAUAUGUGGGAAUUCCCGGCGUCGAUCCACGGCUGGGGCAUUUUUGUAACUUAUGUGUUCUGAAUUUUUUCUUGUCGGAUCUUGUUGGAGGCUCUGGCUUUGACUGGUUACCACCCUAACAAUAAAGACGUGCCAAGCGAUUAAGCGUUCCGGUACGAUACUGCGUAGAAAGCAUUAGGCAGCGUAGAGGCAUGGGUUUAAUAUAACUCCUAUAAGGUAAGCUAUAAUCUUAGACUGCAUCAUCACUUACCACCAGUCAGGGGCCGAAUACAACAAUAUUCUUUUAUGUUCAAGAUUAUACUCCGGCAUGAUGAGCCGUAAUGGCUCAAGUGUUAAAGCCAUGGUAACGUUUUGGUAUUAUGUAAACAAUCUUUUCAUUACUUUUUGAUGUAAAGUAUGUUUUAAAAAUAGAAGAG